AUAUCCGAAAAUUCAUUGCCUCUACAACUAAAUCUCAGCUCUGCGAAAUUCGUGAAGCCCCAAAAGCCUAAACCCUAGAUUCCCAAAUUCCUACGAAUCACCAAAUGCUGUCGAAAUUCAGAGAAUUCUCAUUAUUUCAGAUCUCAAAUCCGAAAACCCAAGCGCGAUGCUUUUUGCUCCAAUUCUCUGCAUCAAUUUCAAGCCUAAAGGUAGUAUGGCGAAAGGAUCCAAAACUCGACCAAGCAAUCGAAAACGACAAGAAAUGGCGGAUGUGCGCUAGGGUUGUCAGAGAAGUUUUAAAUGAGCCGGGCCAGGUCAUCGCGCUUUCGUACUUGCAAAAACGCCGCGAGCGGCUUCGAUUACACGUAAAUGUUCCAACUUUUCUUGCCCAAAACCCAGGUUUGUUUGAUAUGUAUAAGGAUAGGAUUAAGCCCAAAUCCGAUUUAGUUACUUUUGUUCGAGCGAGUGAUAGGCUGAACCGGUUUUUGGAAGAAGAGAAAAUUAUUCAAGCGGAAAAUGAGCCGUUGAUUGUUGCAAAAUUGUGUAAAUUGCUGAUGAUGGCAAAGGAUAGGGUCGUUUGUGCGGAUAAAUUGGUCGAGGCGAAGAGGGAAUUCGGCUUCCCAAAUGAUUUUAUGGUGACACUGGUAUCAAAAUAUCCCGAGUAUUUUAGGUUGCAUGGAACACCAGGAGAGGGACAGUCGUUUCUUGAGCUGGUUAAUUGGAACGAGGAAUUUGCUAAGUCGGUUAUUGAGAAGAGGGCGGAGGCGGAGUCAACUUCGCUCGGAUUUAGGGUUAGGCCGGACUUUGUCUGGAAACUUCCUCGAGGGUUUUUCAUGAAGAAGGAAAUGAGGGAGUGGAUUAGGGAUUGGAUAGAGCUGCCUUACGUAUCUCCGUACGAGGAUGUCUCUCAUUUGGAUCCUGCUUCACGAGAAAUGGAAAAAAGAAUGGUGGGUGUUUUCCACGAGCUGCUUUCGCUUUCAAUUCAUAAGAGGGUUGCAGUGCCGAUUUUGGGCAAGUUUUGUGAGGAGUAUAGAUUUUCUAAUGCUUUCUCGAGUGUGUUCACGAGGCAUUCGGGUAUUUUCUAUAUGUCACUCAAGGGUGGGAUUAGGACUGCUGUCCUGAGGGAAGCGUAUAAAGGUGACGAGUUAGUUGAUCGUGAUCCACUUCUUGAAAUUAAGAACAAGUUUGUUGAGUUGCUGGAUGAAGGGCGCGAGCAGAGGGCUGAGCAAUUGAGAAUAAGCAGAGAAACGAUUCAGAAGGACAUGGAGUUGAUGGCGCGGCUUGGAACAAAUAACUGAACUGUCACAAGCAAAUAAUUGAAAAUCGAACACAUGGAAGAAGUUUACCCAUUUUGAGUGAAGAUUGGUUUCGAGAAAUGGAUGCUUGAUCAGAAUAAGACACGUCCCAUGUAGUGAAACAGAUUUAAU